GACCGCGUGUGCAGUUUGAGUGGUCACUGUGGUGGGGGCAUCUCCAGUUGAACAAAGGGCAAGGGGCAUCCUCUGCUCACCCCCUUCCCCUCCACACACGCAUACGGGCUUAACACAGGAGGGGACAGCGCGUGGGACAAUUAGUAUUGUUCGACACGGGUGAAUGGGUCGUAUUGUCGUCGUCGGACCGUAACACACGGUUAUUAUAAUUUCUUUCCCCCCCUUCCAAUUGUCGGAAUAAGUUUUCGGUUUCGCUCGCUGGGUUUGCGGCGGGUCUCGAGGAGGAGAGCGGGCGCCGUGGGCUCCAAGCUACGCACGGAGCGACAAGUUUGGAGAGUGAGGAGAGGAACAGCAGCGGGAGGAGGAGGUAGAGGAGAGACAUCGCUGCUGUCUCAACAGCAGCAGUAGCCCCUCCACGCUGGCAGGCACGACCAUGGCGGGCGUUGCGACGCGCAAGAAGCUGGUGGUGGUGGGAGAUGGUGCGUGUGGGAAGACGUGUCUGCUGAUGGUGUUCAGCAAGGAUGAAUUCCCCGAGGUGUAUGUGCCCACCGUGUUCGAGACCUAUGUGGCCGACAUCGAGGUGGACGGCAGGCAGGUGGAGCUGGCCCUGUGGGACACGGCCGGGCAGGAGGACUACGACCGCCUGAGGCCGCUCUCCUACCCUGACACCGACGUCAUCCUCAUGUGCUUCUCCGUGGACAGCCCUGACUCGCUGGAGAACGUGCCGGAGAAGUGGGUGCCCGAGGUGCAGCACUUCUGCCCCAAUGUGCCCAUCGUGCUGGUGGCCAACAAGAAGGACCUCCGUGGUGACGAAUCCGUGCUGCACGACCUGGCGCGCAUCAAGCGGGAGCCCCUGAAACCCGAGGAUGGGAGGGCCAUGGCGUCUCGCAUCCAGGCCUUCGACUAUGUGGAGUGCUCUGCGCGAACCAAGGAAGGUGUGCGUCUCGUCUUCGAGACAGCCACCAGGGCCGCCAUCCAGAAGCAGCCCAAACGCCGCGGCCGCUCGUGCUUCAAGUGCAACCUGCUCUAACAGACAUGGUGGACGUGUGUGAUCGUGUGCGGUCAGGCGGACGUUUGUGGUGACUGAACCACUGUGCCCAGCAACACACCACUGGCAGCAAUACAACCGCUGCUGCUGUCUCCACCUUCGAUUGGCUACGUACGAUGCGAAAGAAGUUCGACGUAUGUACACUCACAUCGUGGUCAACGCCAAACAAUAAUACAGCCACUGCACACACUUUACUGCCAAUGCCACAAAGCUCGGUCGCAUCAGCACUUGUGCCACUGCCAAUAACGUGAGCACAACCAUGGCCACCAUCACCACUAGCUUCAUUGUCAACACCAAAACCCACCAUCUUUUUCUGCUGCCAUCGUGGUGCUGAUAGCGGUAUUGAUGACAACACCAUCAAUACCACUACCACCACUACUCAUUACCACCCUCCACUAUCACCACCACCAUCACUGCUACUGCCACUACUACCGUCGCCGCUUCCUCCACGGGCCUUUCAAUGUCUUCACCAGCUCUUGAUCUUCAUGCUGGCCAUUGAACCUCCCCAGAAGCUUCUUGACAUCCUCCAAUGUCCACCUUACCUGUCCGGCAGCAUCCUUGGCUUCUCAACGUCUGCAGCAUCAUCUUGAGCGUCUGUGGUACUCUGGGGGUACUGUGGAAGCGGAGGUGGUAACAGGGGAAGUGAAGGAGAAAAAUAUAGCUUUUGUGGACACAGUGGAGAGGUGGUGGGGACAGGGAAGAGAGAUGGUGGAGACGAUGUAGAGUUGGAGGAGAAUGAAAAAGUGGUGAAGAAAAUGUAGAGGUGGUGGAGACCCUGGAGAGUUGGUGUAGAUGAGCCAGUCCUGAACAAAAUGACACGGAAUGAUUUUGGCAAAAACGAUGCAACUAUCUUCCGCAAUGCUUUCAGACUGCCUGGUGGAGCAGUGCAGUCGACUGUCCCUGAUGACGAAUGUGGACUUUUAAGAUUACUAAUAUAGUAAAUGCUUAUCUUUAAAGGUAAAUGUAUAUUGUACUUUGAAAUGUUGAGCGAUGUUGAUUUAAUUUAUUUGCGAUUUCUUGAAAGACGUUUUUUGUCUUCUGUUUUGGACACUAAUGAAUUUAACCACUUGCGGCUAAAAUUGAAAGCGUAAGUUUAUACACCGGUUUGACUUUUAAAAGUAAAUACUGUACAGAGCUCUUUGGGUUGAAGUAUCGAGGUAGUUUUUUUAAUGUCAAUUUAAGGUACUAUUUUUGGGAUUACGCAACAUAUAAUUUGGUCAUAUCAUGCGCCUGCUGUUUGUGUUGAACAUGAAAAUCGGUUUACUUUUUAUGGGCUUUGUGACGUGUAAACUGAGUUUGUAGACACGUACAUGUGCACUCAUACUGUACACACCUACAAAACCUGUACACAUACAACUCGCACACAUGUACAUUCAUCUGUACACAAAGACAAAAGGUCCCCUUAUAGGUUUUAUUUAGGCCUUUUUGGAAGUGCUGGAAACACACUUAAAGCCUAUAUACGUACACUUGUACACAUACCCAUGUACGCUCACCUACACACAACACAUCUAUGUACAGACAUUUGCACUCUUGCACCAAGUUUGUAUACACACUUCACUGUGUACAUGUACACCCUUACACUUACAUAUACAUGUAUGUUUACAGACAUGUAUGAACAGGUACACACAUGAUAUACAGUUCAAGCACCGCAGCUGUGUACAUUUCACAAUUUAACAAGUUGCCAAUAAUGGAAUGAGUUUCACGUGACUACUUUAAACGAAUCCCUUAUCCUCUUGUGAUUAAAAAAAGAACAAACCCCCCCCCCCCCCCGACCUAUUUGCCCACGCAUUUUUUUUUAAGGAACCCAAAUAAAGUUAUUUCCAUGAAAAGAAGUUAAUUUUAAAAUCUUUACGUGAGCGUGGAUGACUCAGAGGCAGUAAUUGCACAAGCAAUUGCACAAGCAGUGUACGCUGCUUUCUUAAACGGAUUUGUCCACACCAUAAUAAUGUAGAAUUUCCAUCGCUGGCUCCCGGGGUCGCCAAGAUAAGAAAAUGGGCACUGCCACACACGGUUGUUUGGGCAGGGGAACACUUCGACUUGAAACCUAUAUGCAGGUGGUUUAUCCAGGAAAAGCCCAUGACUCAUUUUUCAGGAAGGUCCUGACAUGGUUUCUGCAUUUGGGGGGGGGGGGGUAAUUGCCAUGUAUGUACCAGUUGAGUCAUUUAUGGGUAAUUUUUUCAAAUGUGGACCAUGACGCCUGCACAAAAUGGCCUGCUGUUGCGAAUGACGCCACGGGAUCUUUAACGUGCAGAAUGCGCACCUUUAGGAUUAAUAUACUCGCAGAAUUUAAUCGAGGAGGCCACUGUGUUUUAACUGUGAACGUUCACCGUGAACGCUCUGCUGCUAGACUUUCAAUGGUGCUACGGUCUCGAAAUGUUAACUACCUCGCCUGGUAUACAGGAGGUUGUGGGUUCCAUCUCGACCCUGAUACCUCUAUAUUUGGAGGUUGUGUGUUCUCCCCGUGGUCGUGUGGAUUUUUCUCUGCGUGCUCUGGUUUUUUCCUCCAAAUUUAGAAACUGGUGUUUCGAGAAUUGGCUGCUGUACAUCUCCACAUGAUAAACCGCUUAGUUGAACUAUAACUUGUGGCCAGGUCGCUUCUGAAAAAGAGCUCGGUGGGCCUUACCUAGUCAAAUAAAAAUAGUAUAUAGUAGAGUAUAUAUAUGUGUAAAACUGGUGGAAAGGGUAUUGCAUCUUUUCAGAAUAGGAAUCUUUAUCAGAAUAUUGCAACUGGAAGAAUCCAAUGAGCUAUGACGUUAUUUUUCACAGAUGUCCAGUUGAUAUACAUAUCUGUUGGUGGUGCUAGGCCUCUUUAAAUUCCAUGUUAUUGUGGCAGGGCCAGCAUCUCCUUAGAGCAAUCACUGUUAUGUUGGGCUUCCAAGAUGACCCAGGAGGGAUGAUUUGUUUUGAUGAGGUCAGGUUGAACUUGGGUGAGAUUUAAACUUAUUUAAAGGGUCUGUACUCCCAAGUAAAGUCAAGUAAACGCCUUCCUGUGUGGGUUGUGCCCCUUUCCAUUGGUAGUCCUGAAUUUGAGGGAAGCACACAUUAACAUGACAUGAGCCAGUGUAUGAAUGUUACAACCACUUUACAAAGUACUGGAUUACUACGUAGAUUUAGCUAUUUGUGCUGAAAAUCUCCGAUGUGUUUUUGGGUUGUACCAUAUGUUGUUUGGCAUGAUGCCUGACAUUCACUCCACGUGCUUAGGGCUGGUUCAUAAACUGCGUUUAAAUAAUUCGCCUCUUUAAGUGAUGGAAAAAACGCUCCAUCCCAUCACGACAGACACACUCGUGCAGGUCGGAACACAAAAAUAUUUCGCAACAGGAAGUUGUGCAAUUCUUGUACAAAAUCUCUACAUCUGUGUGUGUUGUUAAAUCUAACUGUUUCAGUUCACAAAAAAAACUAUUCCAGUUCCUGAAGACGUUCCCAGCAUGUGGAGUGAAAUGUCUGACAUUGUGCCGAACAACACAACGUACGAACACACAUGGUCAAACCUAACCCACAACCAAUGCGCUCUUGGGGCACUCGCCGAAAAUCCUGAAGUCAGACGGCCUUGUUGCCUAGCGCUGUGGAACGUAACGUGCAUUUGCCUGUCUGCGACCUUAUUGGCAGUCACGUGGCUGAAAAAUACUGAACUGACGUCAUGCUCCCAGGGUGCGUGAGUCAGACUUGGCAGUGAGCUUGUGUGGGUGGUGCUUGAAGGCGAGUGUGUAGGCGGGUGCGUCUGAACCCUGCUUUGUGAAUUCCACUGUUCAGUGUCUGGUUUCAAUUAGAUAAUGGCCGACUCUCAGUGUGCUGCUGCAUUGUAAAUAUUGGUGUGUGCAUUUAUUAUAUGGGAUUGAAGCAGUAUUGCAAUUCAAGUUGGCAGUGCUAUUAACAUUUUUGGGUGGCAGACCGAUUACCCACAUUGCCAUGAGUUAAAUUGUCAAACGUAACCAACAUUAUGCUCUGAUUAGAGUGUGGGGUGGUGCUUAAUCCAUUAGAAACCUUGAGUCAGCGUUGGAAAUUCCACAUGUCCAUGCCAGUGGCCAGUCUUAUUUCAAAAACUGCUGGAAACCAUUAAAUUAGCAUCGACCGACCCGGAGCCUUAGAAUUGUGCAUCGAGCACCAAACCAAACACCGCCGAGCCGAAUAAGGAGCUCGAGGUGUGUGCGUGAGGCCAACGACUGGAAAAACGAUUAAGACUUAUUUUUUUUUGAGUUAAUAAAACUAUUGUAUAAUACGUAGGCUUUCGCGACUAAUACCCAUAAUAUAGAUUUUUUUUUAGGUUAGAUCGUAUACAUAUCAAUGCUUCGUUAAACCCGUCACCGGGACGUUUGAUGUCCUUGGAAGAUGUAUACAAUUGUUCCUUAAAACAGGAGGAUUUCUCCACAAAUCUGGCUGUCCGCCUGAUGAAGCGAAUUGUAAUUACUGGCGAAACGUCGUACUCCGAUUGUAAAUGUGGAUUUGCUCUCCAACACACCGGUGUGCUGUACUAGUGACGAAUUGACAUGUUAUGUUUACGUGACAAACCUUAUUAAUUGGCUUUGCCAGGUGGUGGCAGGUUUAACGACACAUUUAUAUUUACACGAUCUAACCCAAAAAACCUAUAUUGUGGAAAACGAUUGUAAUUCGCAUAAAAAUAAAGACAGCAUCACCCUGCCCGAGCUUGGUGUGGGACUGUACUCCUGCAAAUGGUAGAUAUUCCACAUUCCUUUGGCGGGAACCAGUUUAUCGAGGGGUGCGACCGCUGUCGAUUGUAUCCAUAGAGUCGUCAAAGUGUGUUCCUGCUCCAGCGAGUGCUGUAGCGCUCAACUCUUAUUGGCGGCGGUGGAAAUUCUACAUGCCUAUGGUUGCGAUCCCGCCUACACACAGGACAACCGCUGGUGAUUUCUCGCAAAGCGAAACUGAUUUGAUGAGCCCCGCAUGGAUGAUGGGCCCCCUAAUCCAAUGCACAUUUUACCAGUGGCUCGUCACUGGGAUACUUAAAUGACGAAGUACGUGCACACGUACGCGCUCGUUGUUUAGAGAAACGCGUAUUCAGCUCAGCCUUCGGGGAUCAAAGCCUAAACGAAGACUCGCGUUUGUACCUCGAAACAUUGGCAGCUGUGUGUGCAUUGCAUGAUAAGUCGCUAAGCAGCUUGCAGUGCUGUAGUCGAGUGUUGGGGAACGGUGUCACUUACAAGGGACGCACUACGUAGAGUCGGCACCUGCCCUGGUUUUCCCUUGGUGUCCUUAUUUUUAAGGUGGCCAACCUGGGAAAUCUAUAAAUCUUCCAAGGACAUCAAAAGUCUCGUUUUUUGUCAGUUGUGUAGAUAAUAACAAGGAUAAUAAUACUGCACUCAAGGCAAGGUAUUUUCAUGUAGCUUUCUCCACUUCUGGUAUUGUGAGAUAUUCUCUUUCCCAUGAUAUGUUUGUUCAUUUUAUUAACAAACCCGAUUACUUUAA